UUAUUUGGCAAAUAAGAUAAAUUGUGUGUUUCGGCGUUGUCCCUUUGGACUCUUUAAGCUCGGGGGGCGUGGCAUUUGUAGAACAACAACACGACAAAGACUCUGCUUCCGGUUUCUGGAUGUAGCUGAGGGACUCCAGCAUCAUUAAAACACAAAUUCGCUUUAUCAGCAGGUUAUCUCGCUCCGUUUCAUUGUUAUGGCGUGACAAUAGUUCGCGUUGUAGCUACUUUCUAAACCGCUUUCAGCUGCCAGUUGGUGAACAUCCACCAUAGUGUCACAGUUAGCUUCUUUUGAAAGCGGUAGUAUGAGCGAGGCCGAGGUGUUUCACGAGAAGCAGCGGCUGGAGCUGUGCGCCAUCCACGCGCUCAACAACGUGCUCCAGGAGCGAGUGUUUACCAAGGAGACGGCUGACGACAUCUGUAAACGGCUGGCUCCACAGUGUGUGGUAAACCCCCAUCGAUCAGUGUUAGGAACAGGAAACUAUGAUGUUAAUGUCAUUAUGGCGGCGCUACAGAGCAGGGAGCUGGCUGCAGUGUGGUGGGACAAACGCAGGGCAGUUCAGAGCCUCUGCCCGUCGAAGGUGCAGGGCUUCAUUCUCAACGUCCCAUCUCGAGUAUCUUUGGGAAUCGUAUCCCUCCCUCUCCGAAGGCGGCACUGGCUUGCGGUUCGGCAGGUUAAUGGACAGUACUACAACCUGGACUCCAAGCUGAAAAGUCCGUUCUGCAUCGGAGGAGAAGCAGAGCUACGUGCAUUUCUCAGCGAGCAGCUUUCUCAGGAGGUGGCAGAGAUGCUCCUGGUUGUCCGGCGGGAGGUGGAGGACGACGGUUCUUGGCUAAACUCCAACUCCCCCAAGGAGUGAUGCGUUUUGCCUCCCAAGAUCCAAUUAAAAGGACCUUUUUUAUUUUAUUUGAACACCUUUUUGAAGGCGUCUUCAGGGAAUGCACUAAAAACCACGAAACAUCUACAGACACUUUUUUUUUUUAAAUUCCAAAGAGAAGCAGAAGUUGACUUCUGAAAUGAUGAACUUUUGGAUUGGAACAGCUUUUCUGGUGUGACACACAUCGGUGUGUCGUCCAUCUCUCUCCUGGUAGCUGACAGAAUUGAAUUUAAUAACACUCAGGUUGUGAUAAAUGA